CAGGGAGGCGGAGAAGGAGAAGAAAGCUACAACAUGGCGGCCACGGCUGCCGCAAAGCGCUGGGCGCUGUGAAGGGGGGUGGGGAGGAGCCCAGGAGCCAGCCCCCGGCUAGGGGAGGGAGGAUGUCCUGCCCGCCCUCGCCCUGACCCCCAAGUGGGGCCCACCGUGAUGGGGGUCCAGGGCUUCCAGGAGUUCGUGGAGAAGCGCUGCCCGGGCGCCGUGGUGCCCGUCGACCUGCUCAAGCUGGCCCGGGCGGCAGGGGUCCGCGGGGGGGCCCCCUACUGUGGCCUAGCUGGCUACCUCCAGCCACUGCCUGGGCCCUACCCCCCACCUCUCGUGGCCCGCUCCCAGCAUGCUCCGGGGCUGGCGUCAGUAACUCACUCCCAGCAUGCUCCGGGGCUGGCGUCGGUGGCUCACUCCCAGCAUCCUCCGGGGCUGGCGGCCCGCUCCCAGCAUGCUCCGGGGCUGGCGUCAGUAACUCACUCCCAGCAUGCUCCGGGGCUGGCAUCGGUGGCAACUCACUCCCAGCAUGCUCCGGGGCUGGCGUCAGUAACUCACUCCCAGCAUGCUCCAGGGCUGGCGUCGGUGGCGACUCACUCCCAGCAUGCUCCGGGGCUGGCGUCAGUAACUCAUUCCCAGCAUGCUCCGGGGCUGGCGUCAGUAACUCAUUCCCAGCAUGCUCCGGGGCUGGCAUCGGUGGCGACUCACUCCCAGCAUGCUCCAGGGCUGGCGACGGUGGCGACUCACUCCCAGCAUGCUCCGGGGCUGGCGUCGGUGGCGGCUCACUCCCAGCAUGCUCCGGGGCUGGCGACGGUGGCGGCUCACUCCCAGCAUGCUCCGGGGCUGGCGACGGCCUGCCCGGCCCGGCUACUGGUGGAUGCAGACUCGGCCCUGCAGCGGCUGUAUGGCGGCUACCAGACGGACUGGGUGUGCGGCGGCCAGUGGAACGCCAUGGUGGGCUACCUGGCGGCCCUGUCCCAGGCCUGCCUCUACCAGGGUGGGCUGGAGCUGGCGAUCAUCUUCAAUGGCGGGCUGGGCAAGGAGCGGCUGCCCGAGUGGGGCCGCAAGGCCCAGGCCGAGCGGCAGACGGCCCAGCUCAUCGCCGCCCACGUGGGCAACAAGGGCACCCCGCCCCCCCGCGCCUGGUUCCUGCCCCCCGCCUGCCUGGAGCACUGCGUCCGCCUGGCCAUGAUCCGCUUCCGAGUCAAGGUCUUCCAGAGCCUGGAGGACCAUCACCUGGAGGUGGUGUCCUUCUUCCGGGAGCGCGGCUUCCACGGGCUGCUGGCCCACAAUUCGGAGUUCGCCCUGGCCAGCCUGCCCUGCUACUUCAGCGCCCACGCCCUGAAGCUGAGCUGGAAUGGCAAGAGCCUCACCACCAAUCAGUUCCUCAUGCACCAGGUGGCCAAGCAGCUGGGACUGAAGGUCUCCAGCUUCCCCGUCUUCGCCGCCCUGCUGGGUAACCACAUCCUCCCGGACGAGGACUUGGCUGCUUUCCACUGGAGCCUGCUGGGGCCAGACCACCCGCUGGCAUCGCUCAAGGUCCGAGCCCACCAGCUGGUGCUGCCCCCCUGCGACGUGGUGAUCAAGGCCGUCUCAGAGUACGUCAGCGCCAUCAAAGAACCCUGCAACCUGGAUGCUGUGGGGAGAGACGUCUUCAAACACUCUCAGUCCAGGACGGAGGAUAAGAUCGAGCGCUUCAAGAAGGCCGUGAACUACUAUUCGGUGGCUGCCAAGAUGCCCCCGGCACCUGUGGGUCCGUCCUCAUUUGUAUUGCCAGGCUAUGGAUCCAACCACUUUGGAGGAGCAGCCCCUGCGCAGCGCAGCCCGGUGGGAUCCCUCCCCACGGGGAAGCCGAUGUUCCCACCCGACCUGGGGCCAAAGGUGCAGUACCAGCCGCCGGCCCCGCCCUCCUCCUUCCCCCCGGGCCCCAGCACCAGCCUCCUCUUCUCCCCCCACCCGCUUGGAGACGUGCCCCCCUUUCACGAACAGCCCGGCCCAGGCGGUGACUUCAGCUGCUGGGCCGGUGCCUACAAUGCCAAGUUCCCGCCCCACCAACAGGGUCCCAAGCCCUCCCCUUCCUCCGGGCCGGCCUCCUCCCCCUCCUCCUCCUCCGACUGCGAAGAGCACAACGGGGACAGUGCCAACCAUGUCUCCGAGAUGCUGCAGCCGAAGUCUGGCUGGGAGGGGCCUGAUGCCGAAAAGCUGAGCCAGGGCUGGGGGCAGGUGGGGGGCUCCGGUGGCACCGAUGGGCCCCUGAUUGGGCCCGAGCCCUCCAUCCCCUCACUGCUUUCCAUGGCCACCCGCAACCACAUGGACAUAACCACCCCCCCGCUGCCCCCUGUAGCCCCCGAGGUCCUGCGGGUGGCUGAGCACCGGCACCGACGUGGCCUUAUGUAUCCCUCCAUCUACCAUGUUCUUACCAAGGGCGAGAUCAAGCUCCCGGUGUGCAUCGAGGACGAGUGUAACACUGAGCUGCCUCCAGCCGCCGUCCUCUUCCGUGGCGCCCGGCAGCAUAUCUACGGGGUGCUGUUCGGCGUGGCUGAGAACCAGCGCCGGGUGGAGCGCCUGGCCAUCUGCCGCCGCAUCCCCACGGAAGUGCCGCCUGUGAUCAUCAAGGAGUGGGCGGCUUACAAGGGGAAGUCCCCGCAGACACCGGAGCUGGUCUCAGCCCUGGCCUUUCGCGAGUGGACCUGCCCCAACCUGCGGAAGCUGUGGCUGGGGAAGGCAGUGGAGGACAAGAACCGGCGCAUGAGGGCCUUCCUGGCCUGCCUGCGGGCCGACACGCCCGGCAUGCUGAACCCGGCCAGCGUGCCCACGCACUUGCUGCUGAUGUGCUGUGUGCUGCGUUACAUGAUGCAGUGGCCUGGAGGGAGGAUCCUUCAUAGGCACGAACUGGACGUGUUCCUGGCUCAGUCAGUUUCCUCUCAGCUCUACGAGCCGGAUCACCUGCAGGAGCUGAAGAUCGAGAAGCUGGAUGCCCGGGGCGUGCAGCUGGCAGCUCUCUUCAUGAGCGGAGUAGAUACGGCUCUGUUUGCCAAUGACGCCUGUGGGCAACCGGUGCCCUGGGAACACUGCUGCCCCUGGAUCUACUUUGAUGGGAAACUCUUCCAGAGCAAGCUCAUCAAAGCCACCCGUGACAGGGCCCCCCUCAUUGACCUGUGUGAUGGGCAGACGGAGCAGGCAGCCAAAGUGGAGAGGAUGAGACAGAGCAUCCUGGAGGGCGUGAACUUCAACCGCCAGGCCCCGCCCUCUCUGCUCCCGCCCCCUCCCUUCGUGCCUGCCAUGGCCGCGCCCUUCUAUUCAAUGCCCCUCUACCCCCGCACGACGGGCUCUGUGCCGCUGCCAACCCCUGGGAGGAGCAGAGGGUUCACAGGUCUCCACCCAAUUCCGCCUCAGGGGGGCAAGCUGGAGAUUGCUGGCAUGGUUGUCGGCCAGUGGGCGGGCAGUAAGCCCUCACGGGGCCGGGGCUCCUUUGGGAUGCAGGUGGUGUCUGUCGGGGGACCUGGGAAGGGACGCAGUCGAGACGGAUCUGGAAAACUCCCCAAAGGAAACAAGAAGCUUAGCAAGCAGGGCUCGUUGGAGGGAGCAGCCAAAGCAGUGGAGUUGCAGAGCGGGCAGUUCCCGUCGCAGGUGAACCGGGGCGAGGAUUCGGGGGGCGGUCCCUGCCCCCCGGCCCCGUCACAAUGUGCCUUAGCCAGAGACACUGACGCCUGUGGUGAUGAGGGCCAGUACUGCGGGCGGCUGGCCCAGGAGGUGGAUCACGGCCCCAACACCAAGCUGCCCCUCCCAGCUCUGCAGAAGGAAGAGUGACGGGGGGGGUGGGGGACGGACCUGAUUUGGGGGUGGGUGGGGCUUUCCGGGGGGCGGGUCCAGGAGUGUGGAAGCCUCAGGGUACCAUGAGGACAGGGAGGUUGGAAAGGCAGAGCCCCAGUGCAUUGUGGGGGAUUAUCCCCUAAUUAAAGGGAUGGUCUCCUACAGCGCCCCAGUGCAUUGUGGGGGAAUCUCCUACAGUGCCCCAGUGCAUUGUGGGGGAUCGUCCCCUAAUUAAAGGGAUGGUCUCCUACAGCGCCCCAGUGCAUUGUAGGGGAAUCUACAGCACCCCAGUGCAUUGUCGGGGAUUGUCCCCUAAUUAAAGGGAUGGUUUCCUACAGUGCUGCAGUGCAUUGUGGGGGAAUCUCCUACAGUGCUGCAGUGCAUUGUGGGGGAAUCUCCUACAGCGCCCCAGUGCAUUGUGGAGGAUCAUCCCCUAAUUAAAGGGAUGGUCUCCUACAGUGCCGCAGUGCAUUGUGGGGGAAUCUCCUACAGUGCUGCAGUGCAUUGUGGGGGAAUCUCCUACAGCGCCCCAGUGCAUUGUGGAGGAUCAUCCCCUAAUUAAAGGGAUGGUCUCCUACAGCGCCCCAGUGCAUUGUGGGAGGAUUUGUACCUGUUUCCCUAUCCCCCCCUACCCCCCCAAUCAUGUCAAUCAGCUCCACAACAUGGCGUAUUUUAUUAUUUUUUUAUUUUAAUAUUUGUGGGUGGGGAGUUGACGGUUUUCUAUAGUUUUUAACAUAUUAUCUAUACCCCUCCCCUGGCUCUUGUAGCGGGGUGGGGGGGACAAAUGCUAGUAAAUAAACGGGGAGCCGUUAAAAGGAAGCCAGCCAGGAUGAAUAAAAGCGAGUGGGGAGGAGCGAUGUCUUCUGGAGGCUCAAGCCAGGCCACUAACGGGUCGUGGUGUCCCCUGGCCUGCAGUGCUGGGUGCCCUGGCACCCACAGCCAGCCGAGCGGGGCACUGGUUGCGCCCCUCGCUGCUCUGGGUGGAGCCCCAAAACGUAUUUCCCCAAUAUUUGGCGGGUGCAGAUGCUCCCAGCCCGUGUUCGUUUCGGGCGGUACGGGGUCGAGUUCGGGGCAGAGGCGCUGAUGGCUGAAAUCUGCCCAUGCUUUGUACAGACAGAAGAGAGAGAUUAUAUUUACAGAGACAGAUUCUAUAUAGAAACUACGUAUCUCGGGGGGAGGAAUUCCCGUGUCCCCAGCCGCAGCUCCAGAGCCGUCCACGUUGGACCCGGGGGGCAGGGGCAGUCGGGGGGUCCCUCCAAAACCAGGCAGCCACCCCCUUCUUCCGCGGAGUCCCCCCCCCCCAGCCGCGGUUCCCAGCGGGACUGGCCAAUGGAGGGUGGAGGAGGGGUUCAGGUUGGUGGCCUGUGGGGGGUGGGUGGGGAGGGAUUUUGAGGCUGGGGGCUGUUAGUGUUUCUGUCCCAUGGGAGGGGAAUGCAGGGACUUGGAGGCUGACUGAUCGGGGAUGUAUUUGGUGCGGGGGGGACCCCCUUCAAGUCCCAUUAAAAUCUGGACUGUAGAGGGUGGAAAAUUUGAAGGUUUUGUGGACUAUCCUAAUCCCCCCCCCCCCCGACAGGCAGGGGGGCUGGUGGUGAAUUCCCGUCCUGCCCCCCGACGUAUGUAAAAACUGAGCAGUGCGGCUUCUCUCCUGACUAAUCCACACCCCUGUCGACACGGGAAGGCUUGAAUUCCCCCAGAUCCAGGGGAUUUGGGGAACAGGGAGGGAGCAGGAAACAGCCCAAAUCUCGACAAACUUUAUAUAUUAUUUUUCCCCUGCCUUGGAGGUGGGGGGAUGGGAGGAAAUUUAGUGCCCCCUUUUGCAGUCGGAGGCACUGAACCCUUUUAACCUGACUGAUCCGCCAGCAAGGACUCCGGAAAACUAUCUCCGGCCUCUGAUACUUGAGCUUUCGAACCGAGGCCAGUUCCGAAUCCAGCGCUCGGAAGACGCCUGCCCACCCGAAGCAGCUCGUUGACAGGCGUCACCCUGUAGUUUUUUAUUACUUUAACCAUGUUUCAAAGUCAGGCUUCAGGUCAGGCGUCUCUGAAUAUCUGCAGACAAUCGGCCGUGUCUGCGAAUCGCAAAGGAGUUAAUCUGAAGUGUUUAGGGUUGGGAGUCUUUAGGGACAGACGCCUGGAGUUGCAAUCACUUUUAUUGCUGGAAUAACGCUCCUUUUCAGCGGGCAGGGGGGCGGGAGAUGAUUUUAAAGACCCUCGGCAUUUUGCAGAGGUCAUCCCAAUUCAGUGCAGCCAUUUUUUCUCUUCUGAAAUCUGGAAAACUAAACCCAAAAUCACAGCCUCCCGAACUCCCUCUGCUAAACUCUCAGGAGGAAAUUCUGAAACGCAUCCACCAGUCAUUGGUGCUUCGGAAGAUUUGUAGCUUUUGCCAUCCCAGGGAUUUUAAACACAGAGACGCUCUGGGGUGUGGAGAAGAGCCGUGGAAAUGAGUUGAGAGGCGUAAGCGGCCACUGUGUUCGGAAGGAGAUCGAGAGGGGACUGGAUUCUGCUGGAGAAUCUUAGGCAGUCACGGUACUACAGGGCUCUUUACUCUGGUGGAGACAGGCUGACGGAAAAACAAGAGGCAGGAGGCUGAAGCCUGACCAAUACAAAUUGAAAACAAAGGACCAGUCACCGUAAGGUGAUUAACAGCUGGGACAAACUCCCAAUUGAGGUGGCCCGUUCUCCAGCUCUUAGGGUCUUCCCAUCCAAGUGAGAUUGUUUACGCCCCUCGCCAGGUGACAUAAAGACACCGAGAUAAGCAUCCUGCCUGGCAGGGAUUUAGCAGUCUUGGCUAGAUCGGCGGAGAGUCACCUUUUAGAUGUACACUGGAAAUAAAAUGAGCGCAAAUCUCAACCUCAGAUGGGGCAUUUGGACUGAUCUGAGUUGGGGCUGCUGGCUCGGCUGGCUUUGCAGAAGCCCCUUUCUUGGCUCCAUUUGGCAGAAUUGCAGAUUCCCCGCGCUGGAAAUCGCUCGUCCCUUUUGGAAAACCAUGGCCAGUUUCCUUGCCCCUUCCGCAUCUGCUUCGGGGGCUCAGUUCCCACCCACGCUGCCUUUCCUGAUGUCGCGAGGUGCCCCGCAGACCUGACCAGAGGUAAGACGAUCCCUUUCUUUCACCUUGAUUGCCCCACCCAGCAAGGGACUGUUCGGCUUAGCUCCUUGAAGAACAGCUGAGGAGAUGAUUCGGGAAUCCUGUCCUUGGAGGUUUUUAAGGACAUGUCAGGCACACCUGUCAGGGACGGUCUUCCUGCCUCUGCGCCGGGAGCUGGACUGGACGCCCUCUCGAGGUCCCUGCCGGCCCGUGGAGUCGGGCACCGUGGAGGAUCUGGGGCCUUGUUCGUGGCCUGGAAGAUCCUGUUUCCGUGUUCAAGGCCAGAAUUCGAGUCUUGCAUAGGGCAGGACGUUUGGUUUCACUGAGCUCCAGGGCGGCGGUUGGACUAAAGGAGACAGAGCAGUUGCGAGGGGCCGCAGGGAAGCGAUUUAGGUGAGACGUGCCUGGAUGAUGCCAGCAGGCUCAGGCUGCAGCAGAAGACGAAACUUCCCCAUUCCAAUCUGUCGAUGGUCAGCAGCUCCAAGCACCUCAUCCAGGGUCCCGUUUCCAGCUGGGGCUGGUCCCAGCUGCUUCAGGGAAGGUGGAAAAGCCCCAGACAAACCCAUCAAAGCCCAGAGUCGUGUGGGUGGGAAAUUGCUGUUGGCUGAAGCUUGCGCUUGGCUUGCUGUGGGCGUCAUGUCUGGCAGCCGAGGGCGAUGGAAGCAAAGACAGGAGGAGAGGUAUUUCCUCCCAGGGUCAGCCCUGCGAGCGAGCAGUGGAGUCGGGAGGACACACCUCUCUCUCAGCCGUCAGGCUGGCUGCAGGACUGACUGGUGAACGUGUGCUGGAGCUCGGCUCGGCCGGUCGUUCAUAUGAACCUGGAACAUACCGGAGGCCUUGGGAUUGUGUUGCUAAAUUCCUCCAUGCUUUUUUCCCCCCUUAUCUAGGUGAAACACUUUGACUAGCCUGGAGCCUGUUUUCUCUGCUGGUGUCAAUUGGGGAUUCCCACAGCUUGGGGCCUGGCCCCACUGACCCAGCGGAGCUGCGGCCCAUUGACCCCAGCUGGGGGCCUGGUCCCAUUGACUCAACAGAGUUACGGCCCAUUGACGGCAGCUGUGGGUCUGGCCCCAUUGACCCAGCGGAGCUACAGCCCAUUGACGCCAGCUAUGGGUCUGGCUGCACUGACCCAGUGGAGCUCUGGCUGAUGGACCUAGUGGGGGUCUGGCCCCACUGACUGCAGUGGAUUUACACCCACAUGCCCCAGGUGGGGAUCCAGCCCAUGACAGCUCUUGUGUAUUGAAUCCGGGCAGCUGAAAGCCAGACAGGAGCGCUUGGGUUGUACCCUUGGCAGCAGCACCUGAGUGAACCCUUCUGCUCCCAGAUUCCUGCUUUCCGCUCCGAUCCAGCGACGCCCCGCGGACGACGCACACGCUGAAGUGGGGGUUUCACUUUCCUUUUCUUGCUGGCUCAAAGCUUUAAAAGAGAACAAAAACCUCAAAGAGGUUUAAACCAACCCACCUGCAGUUCUCUUGACUUUUAAGCGAGCCAGCCUGCCUGUCAUGGGCCAGGUGUGGCUACUGACUUCCUACCUUUGGCCACUAAAUCACUGGCUGAUGGUGUAAGCUAGCCACUCGGACAUUAUUUUCGCCCUCCUCCUCGUCUUUGGUUUUUAAACCGUGCGUGUGUGAAUUGUAUUAACUCACACGUGGAUUUCUCAGUCUUCUCUUUGUGUCCCCUGUUGUGUGUCAGAAACGUGCCCCCGACCACGUUCUCCUGAAUUUUCAUUCGACCUCCACCAAGGAGAGAGAAUUUUCUCUCAUCCUUGGGAAUUGUUUGUGAAAUCGCUCAGACCCCUGGCUGUAUCUGUGUCAGGCCGGCCUGGAAGCGAAUAUAAGAUCUGACGGCAGAGCUCCGGCCCCAGCGUCAGAGAAUCUGUGAUCAGGUUAGCUGGCGCCGCUCCCCUAGCCGCACAGGAGAAGCAAUGAGCAAUCCUAGUGUUUCAGUUUUAAUCUUGUUAGUGGAAUUCAGUAGAGCCAAGUCUGGACGCUGGCUCUUUCCUGACCUGUAUUUCUGCUAAAUAGGCCUGGUCCCCUUUCUGUUUCCCUGGCUGCCCUGCUUCAGGGCUUCUUUCUCCUGUUCAUUUCCUUUGCUGUCUGUUUAAUUUAACUUUUUAAAAGCAGCCCCCAUUGCCUUGCCUGCAGUGUAGAUCCUUUGGGUUUAUACUGCUAUUUAUGGGUAAGGGUUGUUUUAAAUAGUUUUUGUUGAUGUUAAGAACUUCUCCUCUUCCAAUUUUGAAAUACUUUUAUUUCUAUCAUCCAUCUCCAUGCACCGUGUCUGUCUGUCUAUCUAUCUAUCCCCAUCAACCCCCUCUAUCUAUCGCCUCAGCUGGGGCAUACACCUUUUUGACGGUAAUCAUUGCACUUUUAUGUUGCUAGAUGCUUUUCUGGAUAGAAACUAGUGAGAUUUUUUUGAAGCAAACCUCAACAGUCUCAAUCAUAUUUUUUUUGGUUCUUAAAUUGUAAACCACCUGACUUUCCUUUCCCUACUUUGCCCCCCCACUUCAAAUAACUCUGAAGCUUCCGUUUGUUGUAACCAUAUCUAUCUAUCCAUAUAUUUCUCUCCCUAACUUUUAAAAUGCUUUUAGCAUAAGAACCCAGGUUUGAGGGAGUUUUGUUUUGUUUAAACCCCAAAGUAUCUUUCACUGAAAUGAGCAGUCGGGUUAUUUUCUUCCUUGCGAUCUUGUCAAUUUACAGUUGUGUGUGAUAUUUACAAGGGGGAAAAAAUCCAAGGAAGAGAUGUCAUGGGUUUUGUUGUUACUAAUCUUAUCAUUUAAAUCUCUCCGCCCCCCUUUUUUUUAAAGCUACUGACACGUGUUUAUUAGUGGACGGAUAAAUGUUACUUCUACUUCCCUUGCACCUCAGCCCUAUGACUAUAAAAACCCUGUUAUCCCGCUAGCCCCAGAUCCCACAACUUGCUCCCUAGUUUAUCCAUGUAAGUUGGGACGGGUCCCGCUUCGGGAGGGAAAUUGGCUGUAGUGGGGACGCGGGGGAAGGCUGUGUGGCGGAGGCGAAGCCGGCAGGGGUGAUGUCUUUGGGAAUAUGUUUUGCUUGGGUGGAUCUGGACGCGUGGUACGGUCAUCUGUGAUUGAGGAGAGAGACUUACAGUACUUAAUAAAAGUCUAUUCUUUUAGUAAACC